CGGAGGUCAGUCGCACACAUUGCUUAAUAAUUUCGUUACAUAAUCCGUCGUAUUUAAUCGUAUACAUAACCUAAUUUUCUAUUGGAGUGUUCAUAACGAUGAUGAAUGAUGAUGAAAAUAACGGAAAUUAUUAAAGAUGUUCAACAUAUUUCUUAUUCAUUUGAAGUAACGCCGGACAUAACGGAAGAGGAAUUAAAUAACUUGCACUUAAAACCAUUGUUCUUUUCUAUAACAUGGCACGCUGAGACGCACCAGUGUGUAAAUUUAGAAAUUGCUCCAUUAAAACUAGCCAACUAUCUAAGAAAUAAAAGCAACAAUAUAUUAUUGCAUAUCACUUGUACUAAUAUGAGAAGAGAUUAUGUAAACAUGUUAUUGACGGCUCUUCAAGAUAAAGGCAUAUGUAAUCUGUUUAUUAUUUUAGGAGAAAAAUUUGAUCCAAGCAAGUCAGAUUUUAAAAGUAGUCAAGAGCUGAUUUUUUAUAUAAGAGAGCGUACUGGAAACUAUUUUUGUAUUGGAGUUGCUGGAUUUCCAAAUUGCGAUGACAAGAUAUCGCAUCUAAAAGCAAAAGUUGACAGUGGAGCUGAUUUUAUUUUAACACAGGCAAUUUUCGAGCAUAAAAAUUAUGAACGUUUUGUUAUUAAGUGUAGAGAAGUAGGUAUUGAUGUACCGAUUAUACCUGGAUUAUUUCCUUUUGAAACUAAAGGAGAAUUAGAAGGUUUUUCGGAGUUAUGUAAAGUACGCGUGACCAACUAUUUAAUGGAGGUGCUUGAAAAUAUUUCUGGAAUUGAAGUUGUUGCAAGAUUGAUUAACGAUUUGGUAGAACAACUUCACGUUAAGCAUUUUCAUAUAUUUACUUUAAAUAAAUUGCCAAGAACAGCGAAGCUGAUUGAUAAAAUUAAUUCGACCAUUAAAUAAAAUGUAUACAUUUUAUAAUUCUUAAAUCUGUGUCAUUGCGAAUAAUUUUAUUCUAAAAAAAUCUUCGUUUAUUCAUUUAAUUUUUAAAGACCAUAUAAUUGUACAUCCUUUAAUCAUAAAAUUAAUAUCUCUGUCGAAUUUUGAUAUAC